GUGUGGUCCAGUUGCUGGAUGGAAGUUCACCCCAGCCUGAGUUGGCCCGUGCACCCCUGCGCCCGCUUAAUUGAUUUUUGGCGACUCCUGCACGGCGCGUCUCCCAGACGCGUCUUCCUUAAGCCCGCUCUCACCUGCUGAACCAAUCCAACAAUCUUCUGACAACAACGACUACACAAUGGCGCUCAUUGUUGACAAGCACCGGCCCAGAUCCCUGGAUGCGCUCACAUACCAUGAGGAGCUCUCCGAACGAUUGCGCUCUCUAGCGCAAAGCGGCGACUUCCCCCACCUUCUCGUGUACGGCCCAUCCGGUGCAGGCAAGAAGACAAGAAUUGUCGCAACAUUAAAAGAGCUAUUCGGACCUGGUGUUGAAAAGAUCAAGAUCGAUGCGCGUGUCUUCCAGACGAGCAGCAACCGCAAACUCGAGUUCAACAUUGUCGCCUCGAUCUACCACCUCGAAAUCACACCCUCCGAUGUUGGCAGCUACGACCGAGUUGUCGUUCAGGACUUGCUCAAGGAGGUUGCGCAGACACAGCAGGUCGACCAGUCAGCGAGGCAGAAGUUCAAGGUGGUGGUGAUCAACGAGGCCGACCACCUUAGCAGAGAUGCUCAGGCGGCGCUGCGUCGGACAAUGGAGAAGUACUCGCCCAACUUACGGCUCAUCCUCCUCGCCAAUUCUACCGCGAACAUCAUCGCGCCUAUUCGGUCACGUACCCUGCUUGUUCGGGUCGCGGCCCCGACACAGGAUGAGAUCAGUGAUGUGCUGGCUGUGUCAGCAAAGAAGGAAGGGUGGCCGGUGGUGAAGGGUCUACAUCAAAGAAUUGCCAACGAGAGCGGGCGGAACCUGCGCAAGGCGCUCCUCAUGUUUGAGGCGGUACACGCCCAGAACGAGAAAGUUACAGACACCACACCAAUACCGCCCCCAGAUUGGGAAGCGCUCAUCGGCCAAAUCGCCAAGGAGAUCAUGGAGGAGCACACACCAGCCCGGAUCCUUCAGGUCCGGUCCAAGCUUUACGAUCUGUUGACACACUGUAUCCCCGCGACUACGAUCCUAAGGACGCUCACCUUCAAGCUGAUUCCGCUUAUUGACGAUGCUCUCAAAGCGGAUGUCAUCAAAUGGGCGGCCUUCUUUGAGCACAGGAUCCGAACGGGCACAAAGGUGAUUUUCCAUCUCGAGGCGUUUGUGGCCAAGUUCAUGAGGAUAUUUGAAAUGUAUUUGAUGAGCAUGGAUAUGUGAGGGGGGCCAGACGACGAGAACAGGGUUGGGCGUUAUGGGUGGGUGCUAGGAGUUGAGUAGAACGGCAUGUUUACGAUACAUCCCAAUUGCUACCGACAGCCAUGACUUUUGUGACUGC